GCUAGCGCAUAGGAAAAACCUGUGAAACUCAGAGUUACUCAAAAGAAAAAUUCGAAGAAACAGAAAAGAAUAUCCACAAUGCUCUAACAUCGCGGCGUUGCAACAGUCGAGUAAACAACCCACCCGAAGAGCAAAGGCACACGCCCACGCACAACGAAAAACAAACGAAACAAGUAUGGCAAAAGCGAACGGGUAUGCUGCCAGUGGUAGCGUUGAUGAAGGGAGCGGGGAUGGAGACGGUAGUAUGCAUGCAAAAUAUACGCGCACAACGGAACUGCGACGAGUAGAAGACAACGACAUUUACAAAUUGUCAAGUUUUCUUAAUAUUAAUGACUCUUGGCGCAAGCUGAUGGCCAGAAUACCAAAGGGGCUGGACGCGAAGGCAAGCAGCGCCCCUGGUGCUUUAAACUAUGAUUUUGUUGUUCGCAACAGUGGACUUAAGUACACCGCUCAACACAUAAGCCAAAUUGAUGACUAUGCGAAGGCGGAACCGCACAAGAGUAUAUCGCAAAUAAUGAUCGAUGAAUGGAAAACAUCAGGGCAGCAAAACGAGCGGCCAACCGUGGGUGUGCUGCUUCAGCUGCUUGUGCAGGCAGACCUCUUCAGUGCCGCCAAUUUUGUGGCACAAGAUUUUCUAAAUGAACCCAAACCGGAGCGACCCGCUGAUGGUCCUGCAGCGCACCUAUCCCUGGAUCUGAGCGAGGACAUGGAUAUUGAUCACGAUGGCGCCGCAGUUGCUGGUACUAUAGGCAUGAAUUUGGACUAUGACAAGCGCAUGGUCGCGAGUUCUAAGAACGUGCCGCACCCCUCACAAAAUGGAGAGAAUGGAGGCUUACCACCAGUGGCACCACCGCGGGCAUCACGCUUGUCGCGCAUGUCCAGAACAACUGCCAGUAAUGCUUUGCCAUUAACAUCUAGCAUCGAUUCAAUAACACCAUCCGCAGCCAAUGUUCCAAACCUAUCAAUUCUCAAUGCGAGUAGCCCCGAAAACUUGCAGGACCGGCCGGAGCAAUCACGUGAACAAGAACUGCAAGAUUCGUAUAAUAUUCCAGUUCUUUCUAUACUUCAUGCAGAUUCAGCAGCAGGAGAAGCCGAACUGGCACGCGCAUCAUCAAAGCUUAGCGCAGGGAGAACUGAAAGAAAUGGCGAGACCACACCCAAUGUGCCACAGAUAACGCUUUUAUUUAAUAGCUCCGGCACGACUUCCGGCAUGAUUUCGACGACCACUACAGCAGUAACAGCAACAACGCAAACAACAAGCUACCACAAUCUACCCGAAAUAAGCGCAUUAAAUUUAAAUUCAGCAAUCCAACACAAUGGUGCUGAUAAUGCUGCCGACAACAGUAGCAACAGCAGCAUCAGCAACGACGAAGAUGAUGACGAUGACGAAGAGGAUGCGGAUGUCUCGCUGCCGAAUCUGAGCAAUUCUGAACAACAAAACUCUAACAAUGAUUCCAGCCUUACGACGGUGACCGGAACCAGCGGCGAAAAUAGCUUCGAACUCACCCAUGACUCCAGCUCAACAUCUAAUGACGAUUAUACAAACAAUAUUCCAAAUCUAAGCGAAUUACAACAUUGAAUAUAUGUGACGAUGGCCGUCCAACAAUUCGUUGAUAUCCACAAGCAGACAUUCCGUUACAAAAUUUACGUUUAAGAUUACAUAUGUAUGUAUGUACAAGAUGGAAGAUUCAAACUCACACACGCAGCCGUUGUUUGUUGAAACCUGCAACAGCAGUGUAGCCAGGACUUGAAAGGUCCAAUGUAUAAUUUAAGAGUAAAGGCAAGCUAUUGAUAUAGAAAAUAUGAUUUUCGUAUAAGUUACCCGGACGAUUGUGUGAACGAAAUAUGUGACUUUUGGGAAAAUGUAUUUUGUUUCCUCGCAAGAGAUUAUGCUUUUGAUUUAGCUUUUAAAAUCAAGCCAUAGUUAAUUUGUAAUACAAAAAUAACAAUCUUAUUUGUAUGAAACGAAAUAAAUUUAAUUGAAAGAGUA